AUUUUAAUAAAUUUAACAAGUUAUUUGUAUAUGCCGAAUUAAAUAAGUUUAAUUAAUAUAAAAAUAACUUAAUUAAACCACGAAAUGUCGUUGACAUCAAAAUUUACAUUAGGUACAGCUUGUUUAAUUUCCGUAGGGAUUAUAGGUUAUGUCCACUAUAAGCAACAAUUUGACAGAGAAAGACUUCAUGUGGGCGUAAUAAAAGAUAUUGAAAGACAACAAAGACGAAAAACGGAAAAUCUUUAUUUAUUACAACAACAAAUUGAUUUUACCAAAGAAGCUAAAAAAGUACAAUAUGACGAAAUACCAGGAAGAUAGCGUUUAGUAUUAAUUUAUAAACACUGUAGUUAAUGUAAAUAUUAAAAUAUCACAAAUUGUAAUAAGAUUUUUUUAACUAUA